UCGAGUCUCGAGCGAAUCAGUGCGCGUUUCUCUCUGCCAUUUGCGCGUCGGUACGCGGCAGCGGUGUUACUGGAAUCUCCUACGUGUGCUUACCGGUGCGUAGAAGACGCGUAAUCGUUGCGUCGGCGAAGUGUGCUUUUUGAGGAGUUCGCUUAUCAUUUUGUGGGUGCAUUUUCUCAAGAUCAAAUCGAUUCGCUAUGGCGGACACGGAAACCAAGGAAACAAAAGUCACCACUCCGCAGAAGAAAGUAGUGGAAGAAGAGAAAAUAGUACAAGAGGAGAUUGACGAGGAUUCAAAAACAUCUGAGAAUGGUGACACAAAAGAAACCAAAGAAAAUGGUUCAAGCGAGGAAAAAGAGGUUGACGAGAAGGAAGAAUCUACAGAGAAUGGAGACACAACAGAUGCUCCAGCUGACAGCUGUCACGUAAAGAGGAAAUCAACAGCUGCGGCCGAUGCAACAGAAGAUGCAGAUGGUGCGAGUCCUGAGAAGAAAUCGAGACUCGAUGAAAACUGCGCCGAGGCCGAGAAUAACGGCGACGCGGAGAAGGCUGCGGCCUAAUAUUCUCUUAUUCAUUAUUGACAAACAGACCUAAUCUAUAGAUGCAAUUUUAACUACUGAGUGUGAAGCCAGGGCAGAUCGAUCUUCUGUGCAUUUUCAGGAAAGGAAUGGCGAGCAUAAAAGAAACGAAACAAAUAGAAUAUUUAAUGUGUUUAUCGUGUAUUAACACUUUAUCGACAGUGUCAUAUUGAUUAUUUAAUUGCAAGCAUUUGAAAUUAUGGCAGCAUUAAAAAUAUGUAAGUUGUGUUUUAAAUUCACAUCAAUAUGAAUGGAUAGAUUGAUCCAAAAAAAAAAAGUGAAAAGAUAAAUGUGAGCCAAUAGUUGUACAAAUUUAUUUUAUUUUAUAAUGUGCGAAUUAUUACGCAAAUUAAACAAAAAACUAGUCAACUGCGUAAGCACCUGCUAUUUAUUUUUUGAACACAAACUCGUACAUUUGUCGAUAAAGUGUUAAAAAAAAAAAAAAAACUUUCUGUGUUCAGGAUGAUUGUGUGUGUCUUUUACAAAUGUUUCAAUACUCGAUUGGCAUUAUAACGAUACGCGUCCGACGUUUUUCUGUAAAAUCGCAUAUUUACCAUUUUUAUUAGUAUAAAGUGUAAACAUAUCUGUACUGGCAUCCACCGUGCAUACAUAUUAUAUAUUCACUUAGCGUUAGAGCUCUAAGAUAAGAACGUAUACAGAAGAGAUAAUGAUUUAGAAAUAAUAUAUUUCUCACUAAGAGAAAGAGAGAGACGAACAAUGGUGCGAUGUCUGGAUAAUGGGUACAUUUGUGCAACAUAAUUUCUACUUACUGUGCUAGUCUUCAUCAUUUCCGACGCACAGACACACACAUUUGUAGCUUAUAUAGCUUAUGUACUAUACAUAUACAUAUAUACGGGCCCGUAUUUAUAGUAUCUGUCUCAAGAUUUGUUUGUUGAAUCAUAUAUAUCACAUCUCAGUGCUCGUUUCUCUAUAUAUGGAGUUUCUCAAUAGAAACUAUAAAUACAGGCCAUAGACACAUACACAUCUUGGACUAUAUACAUCGGAGAUAGAAUAUGGAUAUUUUUCUGCGAAUCAAAAUACAUUCCCGAAAAAAAAAAAAAUAGAUUGUGACUUUUGUAUAACGUUAGAACUGUUCGCCGAACUACUGUUGAGAGCGCCAUUUUCACAGAUGAUAUUGAACAUGCGUGUGUCUCGUGACAUUUUUAUUUAUAUCAAACUGUAACUUUUCCAAACUGGAAAAAAAAACUGAAAAUGUUUAUCUAGAGUUUAGGUAAAUUAUUAAACGUCAAAAAGCUAACACGAUAAGUGUCUUUUGUGUGUUAAAUUUUUUUUUUCGAGAAGCGUAAAAGUAUUUUUCGGAAAGCGUGUUGAACACGAGACAAAUUUAUUACAAUAUAAUAUAAUUGUCAAAAAGUUUCACGUAAUUUUUAAAUAUUAAAGUAAAUAUAUAUAUAUAUAUAUUCCUUUUAUUAUAUAUAAUUGUAUACGAGACGCAAUAUAUGUGUGUAACUUGUCUUCACCUCGGUUUUCACACUGUACCUAUAUGUGUGUAUAGAAACACAUUGAUGAGUGAAAACAAAUUUCGUUUAAACAUUCUAAUGAGAAAAUAAUGAAUUAACGAUCGGUUCAAUCAGAAAAGCUGCAAUUGACACAAGGCAAGAAAAGAUGGUCACGAUCUCGAAAUUUAUGUGACAUUAAUCCAAAUUAACUGCUAAUUGCAUGUCACUACAUAAUUGCAUACACUUUUGUUUAGUUUUUUUUCUUUUUUUUUUUUUUUUUUUUAUCUUCCGAAGCGCAUCUACAUUUUAUUUAUCGCAGAAUUAUCUCUGUUAUAUUUGACAGUAGUUUAUAUAAUUUCCGACUUUAUUAGUUUAUUAGUUUACUUUGUAAUAUCAUCGAUCACAAUAAGGGUAAAGUAACAUGUAUAUGUGUUUUUGAAAUGGUAAAAUGUGUUCAACGGCUAAUACAAAUAAAAAUGGUUCUCUAUA